GAACUCGGCACUUGACCUGGUCGAUCGGAAAAUUAAACCUUCUAACAGCAUUUUGUUGUGUCCAAAUUCCCAGCAUCCGUUCCUCUCCUUCCCUCGUUGGAUUAAUUAAAUUAGCCCUCGCCUCUUGUCCUUUGCCGGUACGCUCGUCGUUUCCGGGGGCGAAAAAUGGAGGUCAAGCGCCGUACGGCCGAAUCGCUGGUAAAGAGGCUGAAUUCUGCGGCGGAUGCCGACUCCGCCGCCGAAGCCAUCGCAGAGAUCCGCCUCCUCUCCAAGCACGACCCCGAGAUCCGCUCCCUCCUCGCCGACGCCGGCGCCGUACCCAUCCUCGCCGCCCGCCUCCUCCCCGGCGGCGGCCACAACUCCCCGCCCUCCCAGGAGAACGCCGCCGCCGCGCUCCUCAACAUCUCCAUCUCCGCCGGCGAGGGACUCAUGGCCACCCCUGGCCUCCUCGAUGCCCUCGCCGCCGCCCUCCACCCCUCCUCCCCCACCUCCGCCGCCGCCGCCCAGCACGCCGCCGCCACCCUCUACAGCCUCCUCACCGUCGACGCCUACCGCCCCAUCAUCGGAUCCAAGCGCCCUCUCGUCGCCUCCCUCAUCGCCCUCCUCCACGUCCCCAACCCCCCCAACCGCUUCAUCAAGGACGCCCUCAAAGCCCUCUUCGGCGUCGCCCUAUACCCCCUCAACCGCCCGGCAAUGGUCGAUCUUGGCGUCGUCCCGGCCCUCUUCUCCCUCGUCGUCAAUGACGGCCGGACCGGCGUCGUGGAGGACGCCACGGCGGUGAUCGCCCAGGUGGCGGGGUGCUACGAGAGCGUCGACGCCUUCCGGAACGUGGCCGGAGUUCGGGUUCUGGUGGAUCUGGUGGACGCCGGCAGGGGGGCGAGCGGAAGAGCGAGCGAGAACGCGGCGGCGGCGCUGCUGAACCUGGUGAUGAGCGGUGGGGAGGAGGCGGCCGCGGACGUGCGGGAGAUCGAGGUGGCGGAAACCGCCCUCAGGGAGCUCGCCGGCGGCGGCUCGAGCGCGAGGGCCAAGAGCAAGGCCGAGUCGCUGCUUAAGGCUUUAGACGGCGGACGCGGGGGCCGACUGCAACGGUUCGCCGAUUUCAAGACGAAUUCGCCACCUUCGUCGCAGCUUUCCACUUUGUCCGCCGCUACUACUGUCAGUAAUUAGAUUAGGGGUUGUUUUGAGACUUUUAGACAGUGGUGAUUAAUUCUGGGGGUGUUUAGAGACUUAGACCCUGCUAAUCUUGCACCUGAUGGAGAAAUGUCUGUACAUAGAUAUAUUUUUUGAAAUGAUAUACAUAAUAGACUUUAAUGCUUAAUUUAUCACUUUGGGUGUGUCA